CACAAAGCGACCCAUCUGGGAUAGUCUUGUUUCAGUGUUUCGGAAAGGUUUGCAACAUAACCCGGUAAAGACAAACUCAGAGGUCGGUAGCCACCUUUGCGUCUGUGGCGAAAAAAAAUGAUGUAGUUAACAUAUGUUCCAACUACACAGGAGAGAGCUGGGACUUAUAACAAUGGGUGAGCGUCGCUUAAAAAAAAGUUGCUAGUUCGUUAGCACAGGAUGACGCUAAUGUUAGCAAACACACCGCUGGACUAAUCUACAGAUUCCUGAUGAUUCCGCCACAAAAAGGCCUCUAAAUGUGUCCGAUCCCCGCCGGAAAAAGCUUCAGACAAUCCACUACACAAAUUGGCGUCACGAACAUGAUGGCCCAGAAGCUACAGGUCGACAGCCGCUCCCGCUCUCUCUGUCAGGCAGACAGUGUGUUGUACGCGCGCAUCACAAGAUAACCCCAUUUCCUUGGCCAUAGUCUAACCUUGGAUGCAGGUGAAUGGGCGAAAUGAGGAGUAGUAAAAGGGCUCCUCUGUCCUUUGACGUUUCUGUUCAUCACCACUCAGAUAACAACCUUAAUACAGAUUUAGCAACUGCAUGGAAGUCCAAAGCUGCUUUGCGACGUAUCGAAAACCAUGUGGAGGCAGUUCCUGGGACAACAGCGCUGCUCUUGUCAGUCAUGGACCCACCCAAGAAGACGGUCCGAGGCAGAGAUGAGACAAUAGCGUCUGUAAAGACCACAGAACAUUGUUGGUCAAGUUCCAAUGACAGACGCUCACGCAGCCCGCUAAGGAAUGCCACGCAAGACAGCAAUGUCGACAAGCACAACAGCCUGUUGCUCAGGUCAACACUGCCUUUGUACAGCGAGACCGCCCCUCCAUCACAGCCUUUAUCCCAGCUGCAAGCUUACCAACUGCAGUCAGGGUCAGGGCCUUUGUCCCCAUCCUCACAGCCCCUCUCAGACCCUCCGCUGAGUAAGCCUGUGUACCAGCAAGACACUCGGGACAAGCAGACAGAUGGGCAUCAGGACGCCACACACUCUGAAGACAGUGCAGAAACCCACUACCUCAAAAACCCGCCUACUGUGGACACCAUGCAGACUUAUGCAGAUCCGUCAACAGAUCUUGCAACAGAGGACCUUACUCCUGGGACACAAAUCACCCAGAGAAUGGAUUAUCAAGAAUGCAGUCCACCUCUACCGCCACACACAUGUAGAUCGGAGGGCAAUCCUUCUACCAGUCCAGGCUCAGAUCCCCAGCGCUUGUUUUUCCUGAGGCGACAUCAACCUAAUGAUCAGCUGGAAAAGCUCAAAGAGCGAAUUCGAAAGCAGGUAAAACAUCAGGAGGCGGCUGCGGAAAAAGAUAAAGUCUUGGGCCGUCUUGACCAGCCCAUUAAAGCUGCCUGGAGUAAAAAUGGUGGCACCAAUAACAUGCCCACACCCAAAAUAAGGAAAGUAGCAGCUGCACCUCAAGUGUCUUCAUACAAAGGCUUCAGCAAAACCGAGCCAAGGUCCCAUACUCCACAUGGAAACGAUUUAAAAGAGGAGGAUUUUCACCGCUUAAACCGAGACAUAAGCACAGACCUGUCAAGACAGUUGGCUGCAACAUCCAGGACACAACACGCAAGGCAUCGUUCUUCGGCGAGAGAAGUUCCCAAACCAACCAGGAAGAUUCACAAAGCUGCUCCUGUCCAAAAUGCUAAAACAGCUUCCUAUCAUCGCUCCCACCCAGAUCAAUGCCUAAAAGCAAAACCCCACCCUCAUCCUAGAAAAAUAGACAGGACUUACAAGGCAUUUCAAGGUCAAUCCAAAAGCCAUGCCCCAUCCACUUCUAGCUCCAUGUCUGUUGGUCAACGCAAGUACCCAGCAGCUCAUGGCAGAGAACUGUUGUCAUCGGACAUCGGGGCCAUACAUAAUGACCCUGACCUUGGAUGCAAAGCAGUCGAAGAAGAGGAGCGGUCUCUUCACUUAUCUGAGAGAAGUAAAGGUAGUCAAAAGGGGAAGGCAAGGUCAUUGUCCCAAACAAGGACUCCCCUCUCCUUCUGGGGAACUGAGGCGCCAGCAUUUCGCCCUUCAAGAAACUGCCGUAGUGCCAACCCUUCCCCACACCGACCAGAGUCCUCUUAUGCGGUUGAAAUGAAGGAGAAAAAACGCCACUACGAUGCAGAUAAAAUUCGUCAGUACAUUCUCAAGCAGAAAGAGGACAGAAAGAGACAACAAGCAGACCAGAAGAAGUCAUUAAUAACGGAGACAGAAAAAAGAACCCAGAGGCUCCAGGAGCUCUACAGGAGGCAAAAGGAAAUGGCCAAGACAGUGGUCAAUCCCACUGAGGCUUUUGUAGUCCCUGUGCCAAAACGAUACAGAGACGAAACCUACAACCUUUCAACGGUGGAGGAAGUCACACAGAGUCAGCAUUCUGCUCCCUCAAAUCAAGUGAGACUAAUGUAUCAGCCCUCUGGAGAGUCUGAUAAAGAGAACAAGAAAAUGGAACUACUGCAAAGCCCUUCAAGUAGUGACAGGUCUUUGAAUGAUCAGCUAUCUCCUCCAUUAGAACGGAAUGAUUUGGACGUUGGAGUUAGUCCUAGACUUAAUCCAGGCCUUCAGAGCCCCGUUUUUAAAUCCCUCUCUGAUUCCAGCAUUGGUGCACUACAAUGUAGCUAUGACCCUCUCCUUUUUCGGCCUGUGAGGCUGGAGAACAUGGCUGGUGACAUCAAGCCCACCCAGAGGCUACACACAGCACCCCCGCCCACCAGUUGUCAGUCAAGGAGGUCCCGUAUUGAUGCCCUCAAGGCCACAGCCAUCUCCCUUUCUAAUCGCAUAGAGAGUGAGGCCCGGCAGAUUGCUCGGGUGGGGAUCAACUAUGGCGAGGCAACUUCAGUGGAUGCGGAUAUUUUGGCCCCAAGUUUCACUCCUGCUAAUUUUAAUGAGAGUGACUUGGCAGCUGCACAUGGUACAUUACAAAAUACUGACUUGAAAUCAGUGAUUCAGAGGCUUUUAGUAAGCACAGAUCUUAGCUCAUACAAUGGCGCCUCCUAUCCAGGAGCUGAAAAAAUGCACACCUUGCCAGAACAACUACAGCGACUUUCUGCUGAUUUAACAGAUCACUCCCCUGGCAGUUGCAGACUACAAAGAAUGAACCAAGGUAUUAGUUUUGAGAGACCAGACAACCUACCACUCAAUAAAGGACUUGGAGAAGCGAGGUCGAACAGGGUUGAUCUACAUGACUCAAGUGGAGGUUCCAUCAGUGAGGGCACCAUCCUGAGUGAGGAAAGCAUAUGUAAGGAUGAAGCAAGCCCUCCUCAACAUUGCAACACUUAUCUUGCAAGAUCACCGAAUUGCUUCAAUGACUUUGUCAGUCAAAGAAGGGAAAUGCAGAGCCUGACUAACUUCCAGGAGACUGCCAAGGGCUCAGCUCAGCCCUGGGAGGAGUUGAACAAAGGAGACCCUUUCAGUGUUAUAAAUAUUUACCUAAAGAACAAAGGCAAAGUAAAUGAGAGGAAGUCCUCACCUGCUCGCUCUUUUCAUUCUGGAGAUUCCCACAGAGAAGCAGCAGUCUAUGAUGAUGACUUUGUGUCAUUUCAUGACAGUGUUGUUAGCCAACAGUCUCCGAAAAAUUCCAGUCCUCACAGUUUUGGACAUGAAAGUAAGAAAUCUCCGCCAUCAAGAGCAAAACAGCCUUCACCUCCCACCUUCCCAGAAUGUGGUUUGUCUCCAUCAGCAAUAUCUCUCAAGAAUAUACCACUAAGAAAUGGCAGAGUUGAUCACCGAGGUAAACUCCAGUAUUCACCGAGCGCCCUGCAGCAGUGUAUGGCAGUAGAACUCAAGCACAAGGAGUCCAUAGAAGAGUCUUUAAGAUAUCUUGGGGAAAUUGAGAGGCUGACGGGUCUCCCUGUAGCUCCGCAGAUGGGAAUGCCUGUGGCUCAGCAGCAAAAAUCUCCUCCAUCAAGAGCAAGAAUGACUUCUUCAGGCUUUCCGGACUCUUCUGCAGCAGUAGAUUUUCGUAGUGAGCCUCCAAGAACUGGCUUUGGCGUCGGGGUCAGCAACAACAUGAAUACAGGCAACGCAAAUCAAUUCGGCAGAAUUGAAAGCAGAGCAACAGGUAAUCUCCAAUAUUCUCCUGCUGUCUUGCAUCAGCAUUUGGCAGAAGAGCUCCAAUACCAAGAGACCAUGGAGGUGUCAAUGAGACAUUUAGGAGAUGUGGAGAGGCUAAUAGGGGUGUCCGUGGCCCAAGAGGAGAGUGCUUCAUUGGCGCAAAUUCUAAAGACCGAGCAGCAGAAAUAUGAGAAUGACCUUUAUGAGCAGAAGAUUCAGGCAGAAAAAAAAGCUCUGGAGGCCCAGCUGCACCGGGAGGAAGACAGGCAGAGAACGGCCAAGGCUCAUGAAGAAUUGCUGGAAAAGUUAGUGCUUACUCAAAAAGAAACUGCAGAAGCAGCCCGUCACAUCAAGGAGUUGACAGAUCUGGCACGGUCUCAGAUUGAAGGUGCUCUAGCUGUCUCUGUUGUUGCUCCUGAGCAAUCUGUGCAAAGCAAGCAUCAGCGGGAGAAGAAGCAGACCAGGCCUGAUUCUGGCAGCUUCCAGAGAGAGUCGUCAAGUCGAAGCCCUGGUCACACCGACUCACAGGCCGUGCAAAGACCUAAUCUCAUUGGUGCAGACUCCAGCACCCUCAGUAGCCCCUCACACACAUCAACGGACCAUAUAAAACCAGUAAACAAAGAGGAGACUGAAUUGGAAUGGAAGAACGAUGAGAAGCAGGCAGAGCGGGAAGCAGGCAGCAGUUCAAUUGAUGAGGAAGGUCCUACGGCAGAUAAUGAAUCUGUCUGUAGCGAAAGCAUUCCCUCUCUAGUAGAUGACAAAGAGUACUCUUUCAAGUUUGACACGUCCAGGACGGAGGAUGAAGCUGAGGAGCAUUCCUUCAACUCUCUGCCGCCGUCUAAGGUGCAUCGUCGGAGUUCUUUGGAGAAGAGGCCAGACAACCACAAGGAAUCAAAAGAUGAGACUUCAAAUCACACCACAUCUGUCUCAGAGUCACAUAACGUCACAAAGUCUCAGAAUACAAGCAUGGCAUUUUCUGGUGGACAGGACAGCUUCUCCCGGUUCAAGAUGGACAUGGUGCGUCAAUAUGCAAAAGACGAAGACCUGAGGCUGCAGCAUCAGAACGCGUUGCUGCGUUUGCGACAGAAAGCUGUCAAGGAAAAGAUCAGAACCGAGCUUGCCUGGCUGGAGCACCAAAAGAAGCAGCUUAGGAACAAAGGCGAGGAUGACAAAUUGCCACCUAUCAGGAAGAAGCAGAAGGGUCUUUUGUUGAGACUCCAGGAGGAACAGGCUGAGAUCAAGCGCCUUCAGGAGGCUAACAAAGCAGCGAGAAAAAAAAAACAGCAAUUGUUAAAGCAACAGGAGGAGAUUGAGCAGAUGAGGAGCUCAACAUUGAGACUGAAAGAGCGUCUCAAGUCUGUUGGCUGUGAAGCACCGCCUGAAUCUCCGAUUUCAGAAGCACCGCUGUCAGAGGCUGUGUCCUCCCACAUGAAGCAUGCUGAUGACAGCCGCACCCCAUCGCCGUCACCCUCUAUCUCUGGAAGUGAAACUAGCAGCAUCAUGCAGAAGCUCAAGAAGAUGCGCUCCCACAUGGAUGAAAAUCACUGUUCCCCUGUACAUUGCUUCUUCUCUGUGUUCACUUCCCAACACUGGGCUUCCCUUAGUGUGUGUCUUCCCAACCUUCAUCCUAAAUUCCAGCUAUUUGUCUCCAACCAGUUGGUCAGAUUCCUGACUAAGCGGGAACAGCAACUAAUGCACAGGCGUCACCAUGCCGAGGAGCUUCUGCAGUGGAAACAGCGUCUUGAUCAAGAGGAAGCAGAUGUCCUGAGGAUAGAGCAGGAGGCCCUGGCUGGUUGGGCUGAGGGUUCAAAGAGUCACAGCAAGGAGAUCUCGGAUGUUAUCCCUGAGUCAAUUAAUCUUCGAAUCUCAGAGCGAAGAGCAAUCAGUGACAAAGAGUAUGUGACUGAAGACGAUUAUUCUUCAGCAACAUCGGAGUGCAGCAUACACACAGAAGGACACUCUCAGCAGCCGAGAAAUACAUCCUCGGCACAACCUGCAUCAGUUGCUGAAACGGUCUCCAACCUGAGCAGCCCUACAAAUUACACUGAGGACUUUGCUUCACUUACACUCAGCAAACAGUCUUCUCCAGUCAAAGACAGCUGCAACAGGGCUGCAUCUCCCUCCAAUAGCAGCAUCACAAGCAAGAUGCAGCUUCGCUCCUCCUUCCAAAUAUCAAAACAGGCCCCAAAUCAGCCUAGGGACACACCAGAACCCAUUUCAGAGCAGAGUGUCAUAAAGAGCCGUAUCAAGGCUCUGAAAGAGGAGCUGAGAAAACGAAAAUGUAUGGCCUAUCAGCUCAAAAGGGAGCAGAAGAUAAGAGAUAAGGAGCGCCUGAAGGCACAAGAAGCCAGCCUACUGAAACAACUGGAGAGUUAUGACAACUACAUUGUAAAAACCAAGGCAGAACUGAACAAAGACUCUGAGCCAACUCCUGUUAGCAAGUCUGAGAAGAAAGACUCCUUAGAUACAAAUCAAUCCAGGCUCUUAUCACCUAUUCAAAGGUCUGAAACAGGUAAAAUACCGGCUGUAAAGGCACAAAUUAAUUCAUCACUCCACCGAGACAUUAACAGGUCUACAACAGCAUCUGAAGAUCUCUCUGAUGAAGAUGCAUCUCCAACUUCUUUACAUGGUGGUCAAGAUUGCCUCACCUCAGAACUUAAGAGAUGUCAAUCACCAGACACUUCCUUAACAGGCUCUGCUGAACCUGAUGAGAUAAUUAGGUCUAAGGAUAACACUGUGGCUGAGUUACAUUCUCCUGCCACAGAUAUAAACAUUUCAGAUCUUAAUGGCAACCCCUCAACCUGUGACCAUUCCUGCGAGUCUGAACCGGAUGUCAUCUCAGUGACGGAAAAACCUGUGAGGGAUGUAGAGCAGUUUUAUAAUCCCCAGACAGAUUACCAAGAUGACUUUGAGUCAUCAGGACCAUCCACGCCAAAGAAGGAGCAGCAUAUUUCAAAGCCGGGACCAGUUCACCUUACUGAAAUCAGGUCUGGUAGUCAAGAUGAAGAGAUAGAGGAGGACAUAGCAGAAGAACAAAGUCACUAUUCAAUUACUAGUGGUGCAAGCCAUGAAUCUGGUGGCCUGUUGGAUCUUCAUCUGCAAACUGAAGGUGACUUUAAAAAUGACGGUCACACCAUUGAUUCCAGCCUUCUGCAAGGCCCUUUGCCUGUGCCUGUAGAUGAAAUGCCUAAUUUCAAUAUCGGAGAUCGAGUUCUUGUAAGCCACGUCCAACCUGGCACUCUAAGAGUUAAAGGUUCAACCAGCUUUGCAGGUGGCUUUUCGGAUGGUGUGGAACUUGACAUCUAUACAGAUGCUACAGGUCAGGAGGGUUCAUAUGCAAAGGAUGUGUCAGCUCAGUGUGAGAUUGAGCAUAAAAGUAAUGAGACUAUAUCUGAAAAUGUAAGAGGUCCGGAGAAAAGUGAAGAAUGGUCUUACGAUGUCUUUAGAGACCAAAUGUUAACAGAUGUAGCAGAGCAAAACUUCAAGAGCCAAGAACCACCAAAAACUGAAGCACACCUUGAUUCUCAAGGUGACCACUCUAUACCACGAAAUGCUCAGGAGUUAACUGCCAUUGUGGAGAUGAAUGAUGUUCUAAACCAAUCCAUACUGAAAAGUCAAGAAAUAACUGGGACUGUUGAGAAGGAUGACAUUCUAAACAGAUCCUUGACACCAAAUAGUCUAGAUCAGUCUUUACCACAUAAUGAUCAGGAGAUUGUGGCCGUAGUUGAUGAGGAACAUGUACACUGCAAAUACCAAUUGAUUUCUCCUGAGGUUUCAGAUGAAAUUAAGUAUGAGAAGGUGGAGCAGAGGCGUCGCAUAUCUCCAGACACAUUAGCAGACAAACUACUGAGUAACGUUGUGAACGACGCCAUCCACCAUUUGGUCCAUCUCAAGAGGGUUAAAGAACAGAAAAUCGAAGUUUCCAACCAGAUCGAAGGAGGCCUCUUUGAGCUGGACGAAGGACGUAUUUCUUCAUUGGAACAUCAAGAUUGUCUAUCUUCUUUUUUAACUGAAGAGGAGCCAUCUUCUCCAGAGUUGUUUAACCGACCGGAGAGUCCAAUUUUGGGGGCUAGUGGCCAAGAAGAGCUGGCCAAACGACUUGCAGAGCUAGAACUUAACCGCGAUCUGCUGGAGGACCUCGGAGACGAUCAGGACUGGUUUGAUGAGGACUUUGGCCUCAGCUCACGUAGGGAACAACAGAGACACCAACAGACACAGAGAGAAGAAACAAAACAUGGAGCAGAACUGAGAAGCUCUGGUUCCUUAACCGAAGAUCCACUGAGUGGGCUGGUCCCAGAUGGGGACCAGUCUGUGAAGACUCCACCAAGACCUACUCUUCCUCUCCCCAUGCCACCGAAACUGCCAGAACAACCUGCCAUGGUGGUGCCCCACUCAGCCGUAGAAGUAGAGAAAAUGGUCCAUGUUGCCAUUCAGGAGAUGUGGGAGAGCUGUGGCCUUUCAAAGGAAGGAAGACGUUUGCUUUCAGACAUGAACUGCCCCAAACCUUCACAAGUAUAUUUUGGUGUUGAGGGCAGUUCCACAAACCAGGAGGCACUCUGCAUCCGCAGCUACAAAAAGGCUGUGUAUUACCUCACAUGGGAGAUAUUCCAGGAAAUUUAUGCCGAAGACCCCAGUGCGAAUCAUCCUAAAUGGGUAAAACCACAGCGAGUCAGCCCUGCCUUUCACCACAAAGUCAAGACACCAGAAGACAUGAUGAAAAUUCAGGAAUUUGCCACAGAAGAAGUUCUAAAACUUUACGGUUUGGCCAAGAAUACAGGUAAAAAGUCAGACUGGCAGAAGAUGCUGAAAUUUGGCCGAAGGAAGCGCGACAGAGUUGAUCAAAUACUGGUACAGGAGCUCCAGGAGGAGGAGGCUCAGUGGGUGUGCUACGAAGAAGAUGAGCUGUCUGUCAAGAUGCAACUGUCUGACAGCAUCUUUGACAUGUUGCUGAAGGACACAGCCAACAUGCUGGGUGUCCUAACCAAGAGGGCCACCAUUCAUUAGUGGUUGAAUGUAAUCCACUUUGAAUCAACUAGUACAUGGGUUUGGAAUUUUUACAUAGAGGUAUAAAGGUCAGUGGCACAUUUUGGCUUAAAUAAGUGAUGUCAUUUGUAGCCUUUUUACCAAAAUGUAUAAUGUAGGGGCCUUAAACACAUCCUACUGUCAAUCAUCUUUUUUCUUUGUUUUGUUUUCCUUUAGUCUCGUCCUCUUUGCUUUCUUUUUCCAUUUCUGACACAUAAAAGUGUCCAAGUAAUUAAAAUGUGUCACUGAUUUUGAACAUUCAAAUUGCCCUCAAUUUGGACAUCAUAGAGAUAAGAUAUUGUGUAAAACCUCUUAAAUAUGUUUAUUUAUUGUGCCGAAAAGAGAAUGCUGGAUUUGUAUAUUUUGUCAGAUUUAUAAAAGAGUUUUAUUGUUAUUCAAAGUAAAUCUAUAGUGAUCUAAUUGUAAAAGCACAAGAAAUGUGAGCAUGGCAAUAAUAUGUCAGAGAUUUAAAAUAGAGAAAAUAGUAUUUAAAAGUCACAUUCAUGAUAAGUGUGUCCCACUUCUGUGCUGUAAUAUUAACACUAACUUCACAAAGCCUCCAAGUUAAAUACUACUGAUUUUUGUUUGAAUUGUAACUUAUGGGGUUCUAUUAGAAACAUAUUUUGGUUGAUUCGAAGCUAUUUGCAAUUUGAUAGGCGGCUUUAGGAUGUCCAUACACUACACAUUAGCAUACAGUGUGCAAGUGGGACAAAGAUAGAAAUAUUAGACUUUUUGCAUGGUCCUGAAAUGCUGGAUUUGAGCCUUUUUACACACACUUGAGUUAGUCCAGUAUCUCCUACACCUACUUCUUCUCAGCCUCAGUGCAGCCCUUAUGUCGAUUUUCCAAACCAUAAGCAUGGUCAAAACCAGCUGCCAGUACUUUGCCAGGUGACCAACUUCAACCGUCAUUUAAAGUGCCUCUUUACAUCGUGGUAUAGACCAUGUUUAUUAGCUUAUCCUUUGGACAGUCUGUUUCUUUUAUUUAAAAUUAUUGUACACCUCUCUUCUUUUACCGGUCUGCCGAAAAAUUAUUUCAUGACUUCAGUUUGGGCCUUAACUCACUUGGUAAUGUCAAGGUUUUAACUUGUUCAUGUUUUUGUCAAAGACAGUUGAUUGGUUUUAGACACCCAGUGCAUUUCCAUUAUCACACUGUCUUCUAUUUUGGUCCUCUUAACUCUUUCUAUGGGAAAGCCAGCUUUCUUCCUUUCAGACUUUUUUUUUUUAAAGCUAAAGUGACCUUAACUUCAACCCAUUUUAA